UUACGUCAUCUCUAGUAUUGCAAAUUUAUUCCUUGGACUCUAACAUGCCUUAUUUCCUACGCAACCAUUGCUUCUCCUCUUUAAAUUCACUACAACCAGAAGAAAUUUUCUGCUCUGGUCUUCUCUAGGAUUAGCUGGAAAUUGUUGAACUGUUAAGUUUGGUGAAAUUAAUAAUGGAUCCCACAACUCUGGUUUUAAUUGGGCGCACCGGAAACGGGAAGAGUACAACAGCAAAUUCGAUCCUUGGACGCAAUGAGUUUACGGCUGAAAGCAGUAGUACAUGUUGCCAGUUAGGGCAAUGCGAGUGGAAGGACGGCCGAACUAUAAAUGUUGUAGACACUCCUGGUCUCUUUGAUAGAAACGCGAGUAAAUUUACUGACAGAGAAAUUGUGAAGUGUAUUCAACUUGCAAGGGAUGGUGUGCACGCAUUCAUUCUGGUGCUCUCAAUUAAAAAUCGAUUCACAGAAGAGGAAGCUGAUAUUUUAGAUAUCUUACAAAUGUUGUUUGGACCAAAAAGCAUUAACUACAUGAUCAUUGUCUUUACUGGUGCCGAUGACCUCGAAAUAAACAGCAGUUAUACAUUUGAGGACUAUGUGAAUGCCUCCACACUAGAUCUCAAGGGACUUAUACGUCGUUGCAAUUCAAGAGUUGUCCUUUUCGAUAAUACAACUGUAUUGACAGCAAAGAUGGAUCAUCAAAUAACUAAAUUAAUGGAGAUGGUAGACCGCAACUUUGCUGAAAAUGGAAAUCGUCCUUAUACAAAUGCAUUGUUCGAAAAUGCUAAGAGUAUGACAAUGCAAUUGUACUACAAUCGAGACAAGGAUAAGGCUUAUGAGGAUCAAAUCAAACAACAAGAAAGGUUUUAUGAAGAACAGAUCAGACUUUUAAAACAGACGAUGGCACAGAACAUGAGCUCUAUGCAAGAGAAGAUGGAUACAGCGGACCGGAAUUCGAGGCAGACAAUACAAUAUAUGCAAGACCAAAUUAAUUCUCUGCAUAGAAGUAGAUAUGGAUACUAUCGUUAUUAGAUUGAUGCUCAGUAUCAUGAUUAAAACCAACAUAAUAUGUGUUCUUAAGAACAAUAUUGUCUUUACGAAGAUAGAAUAUGUGAUUAUGCUAAAUUUCUGAAUUAUAUGAUCCGAAUUUGAAAUUCCUCUACGUAGCCUACGUAUCAGGGAAUAAACAUCUAUAUUAUGUGCUAGGAACACUCCAGUUAUGAACAUAAAAGGAAAUGCUUCAUUUGAUAAUUAUUAUCCAUGCCAUUAUAUGAGCUAUGGGUUAUUUGACUGAA